ACGGCCUGGUUUGUAAAGAAUUGAAGGGGCAAUCCGGCUCGACUGGCAGCACUGUCACUGAUUAGCACGCAUUAACGUGUAAAGCGUAUGUGCGUAAUGUGUAAUGUGUAAUGAUUUGGAUGUGUGGAAAUGACAAUUCACAGUUCGAAUUUUUCACAAAUUAUCGCGCCAUUGAUUCUAUGCACAUUAUUUUCUGUACAGAUUUACGCGAGAAUCGACGCUGAAAUCGAUUUCGAGGUAGAAGGAAGCGGAUUUCAUAGAACGUUGGUUUAUAAUGUACACUUUAAAAAUUUUAUCAAUAAGGAUUGUUAUGCUGCCAUUUAUAUGGAAUUACCAUCGGUAUUGUAUAUCAACGUGAACGACAUAGCAGAAUUAAGAAGGCAAAGAACGAAUACCGUGUGUUCUAUAGGCGAAGUUGAUGUCGAGUUGUUCAUGGAGAAUGCGAGUCAACAAAAUGUGACAACGUGUGCAUCCAUAAAUUCGUCAUCGUGUAGUUUAAUGAUACCUUUACAUCAGCGUUAUCAGUACGCCCGUGAAACAGACAGUUACAUCGAUGUGAUCGUGCCUAAGCCAAAACUAUUGCUAGGUUGCCGAAAAAGGAUCAAAGACCACAGAGUGUCCAAGACAGAUUUAUGCAAGCCAUGUGACAAUCUAGUGACCAAGUGGCGUGAAAUUUCAUAUCGUAUGUCGAAUGAUCACGAUUACACAUGGUCAAUGCCAAUCGGAGACUCGUCUCUCUCGAUGUUUGUCACUUAUAUCACGUUAUUGGUAACGCUUAUCGGCGCGAUAUUCACCGGACGUGCCAUUCGCAAUAAUGCGUCAAACAAUCAUCAGAAAACAGAUUGAAGUAAUUAAGAUUUAAUACAGAUAUUCCAGAACUAUCAAUCUUUUAUUAUUGAAUGAUCUAUUUGAUGAAUUUAUAGAUAAAACGUAUUUAUACACGCUUUUGAGACGAUACUGAUGUUCUACCGUUUAGCUAUAAAAAUGUAAAUUACACUCACAUCUACAUAGAAAUAAACAUGUUCACGUUCAA